AUGGCACGGCCAUUAACCCGAUCCCGGGCUCGGGAUAGCUUGCCUGCGGGGUCAAUCACUCAAACCGUGCCACAGAAGCGCAAGAGAGUGGUUCCAAAGUCCAAGAAGAGCCCUGAAACUGACUCAUCCGCUAAGAAUGAAAAAGUGGAAGCCAUCGAAAAGAAGGGAUCUUCUACCUCGUCGGUCGCUCAAAAUGAGUCCCCAAGCGAGGCUUCAUCGAGGCUCACGAUCACUGUGAAAUGCCAACAACCAGAGACACCUGAUCUGAAACUGAAAUCGACCGAGCCUGGAUCAACAUCUCCGUGUGUGGAUGAUGACUUUCAGGCUCUCGGUGGCCCUUCGGCAAUUUCAUCGCCUGAGGAGGGGGAUUCUGGCAUCUCACUUGCCAGUCUGGAAAAGGAAGCAUCUAUUCCGAAGGAGAACGAUGCCCAUGAGACUUCUAUAGUGCCAGCGGAGCCUUCUGUCUUGACCGAUACCCUCGAAAGGAAGAAUGGGCUUCUGGGAGAAAGGCUUCUAGACGAUACUGAUGCACAUCCUGCUACGGUCCCCGAAGCUCAGAGCGAGACGGGUACAGCUCCACAGCCUACCAUUGCUGUGCAGGACACUCCGGCUUUCAUCAAACUUCCCCAUAACCUUGGAAUUGUGCCUGCCUUUACUGGGGCUGCAAGCUCUACAGCACCUUCCACUGGUCUUCCCAAAGAGAGCCAGUCUCAGCCCCUUGGUGAGAGGGCUAUUGCCGACCCAGCUGUCAAUGACAAACUCUCGGUUGAUGCGGCCAUCUCAACAACUCCAGCAACCCAGGAAGCUGAGACGGGGACAAAGAAAGCCAAGAAAUUCAACUACGGCUUGACUCCUGGCCAAAGUCCAUUCCCUGAUUUCAAAGCCCCCUCUCCUGAGGCGUGCUAUGUCGUCAACGACUUGCUCACACAGGCCCAUGGAGAAGUCAUUGCACCCAAGACUAUUCCUGACCCUUCUCUUACCGUCACUGGCUGCGGUGAGGUUCCAUCAGUACUAGAUGCUCUGAUCCGCACUCUUCUCAGUGGUGCCACAACUGGCAGCAAUUCCGCCAGAGCCUUUAACGGACUUGUGCAGCGGUUUGGGACCCUAACAGAGGGGAUUGGCAAAGGAAGUGUGAACUGGGAUGCUGUUCGACAGGCACCAUUGCGUGAUGUCUUCGAGGCGAUUGAAAGUGGUGGCUUGGCAGACAUCAAAAGCAAGAACCUGAAAGCCCUUCUGGAUCAAGUCUACGAGGAAAAUCAAGAGCGAAAGAAUCGCCACACCGCCGAAGUUGUAUCUGCUGCUAACAACGAAGGGCCAAGCAUGUCUUCUGAUGCAGCCAAACAAGCUGAGGAGGUCAAGGAGUAUGACAUUGCCAGUGCCAAUGAUCAUUUCCUCAACCUGCAAUACAUCCACAAGUACGGAACACCCAACGCCAUGAAGGCUCUGAUCAGAUACCCCGGUAUCGGACCCAAGACGGCAGCCUGCGUGCUUCUCUUCUGUCUGCAGCGCCCUUGCUUUGCAGUGGAUACCCACAUCUUCCGCAUCUGCAAAUGGCUUGGCUGGAUACCUGAUAAAGCAAAUGAGAUCGCGGCCUUCAGUCAUCUAGAUGUGAAGAUCCCAGAUGAGCUGAAGUAUUCGCUCCAUCAGUUAUUCAUCAAGCAUGGCAAAGAGUGUCCACGCUGCCGUGCGAUCACCAGUCCCACAAGUGCAGACUGGGACAAAGGGUGCAUCAUUGAAGAACUGGUCAAGCGGACAGGAAGGAAGAAGGUAGGUCCAGCUCAUCAGCAUGUGCAAGCUGGACCAGCGAAGCAGACUCCCAGCCGGAAGACGACGGUUGUCAAGAAAGGUACCAAAGGCAAGCGUGCUAGUGCCAAAGCUAAGACUACCAAGAAGAAGGCAAACGCAACUCGUGCAACGAAGAAGUCUGCAGACAAGCAAAUAAAUGCUCUGCAAGGUCCAUCUGCUGCAAGUGUGGACCAACCGGAAGCGAGCCAGUCUCUCGUUGAUUCAACUCAGGAUGCAGCGCAACCGAAUCCAUUGAAGCGCAAGCAUCUUGACCCAGUUGCGAAGGCUCCCCAGAAAAAGAAGCCAGGUCGCCCUGGCAAAAAGCCUUCUCGAGCUGCCUCUUCGAGGGCGAAAUCCAGAAAACCCAAGAAGAAGCCUGCCACUCGGAAUUCGAGCGCCCAGAAGCCAGCAAAGGAGAAGUCUGCUCCUCGCGCUGGAAUUCGAUCGUCCCCACGGUUGAAGCGAUCAUGA